AUGCCCAGUAACAAAAGGCCCUCCAGCGUGGGUGAGGCGCCGGCCUCCGGGCCGCCCCUGAAGGCGCUGCCCGCGGUGAGCCCCACCGAACUGUGGGCGCCUGGCCUCGGCAGCCCCCAGCUCUGCCCGGUCACCACCACCUACUACACCUCGCUGUACCCGCAGGCUGUGCCUCCCGCUGCGGUGUCCCGCACCUGCCUCGACGCCACCCCCCACGGACCGGAGGGCCAAGCUGUGCGGUGCGUGCCGGCUGGCCGGCUGCCGGCCAAAAGGAAGCUGGACCUGGAGGGGAUCGGGAGGCCUGCGAUCCUGGGAUUCCAGACUCCCAAGGGGAAGUACAUUAGAGUGGAUGGCUUCCCCAGCCCUAAAACACCCAAGUCCCCUGGGGAGAAGACUCGGUAUGACACAUCACUGGGGCUGCUCACCAAGAAGUUCAUUUACCUCCUGAGUGAGUCCAAGGAUGGGGUCCUGGACUUGAAUUGGGCUGCUGAGGUGCUGGACGUGCAGAAGCGGCGCAUCUAUGACAUCACCAACGUGCUGGAGGGCAUCCAGCUCAUCCGCAAGAAGGCCAAGAACAACAUCCAGUGGGUGGGCAGGGGAGCUUUUGAAGACCCCACCCGGCCUGGGAAGCAGCAGCAGCUGGGGCAGGAGCUGAAGGAGCUGAUGAGUACAGAGCAGGCCUUGGACCAGCUCAUCCAGAGCUGCUCUCAGAACUUCAAGCACCUGACCGAGGACAAAGCCAACAAGAAACUGGCCUAUGUGACUUACCAGGACAUCCGUGCUAUUGGCACCUUUAAGGAGCAGACAGUGAUUGCUGUCAAGGCUCCUCCGCAGACAAGACUGGAAGUGCCCGACAAGAGCGAGGAGAACCUGCAGAUACAUCUGAAGAGCACGCAGGGGCCCAUCGAAGUCUACCUGUGCCCGGAGGAGAUGCAGGAACCAGACAGCCCUGCCAAGGAGCCCGUCCCCUCCACGUCUACCCUCAGCCCCACUCCUGACUCUGCCCAGCCCAGCAGCAGCACCAACCCUGGGAUCCUGGAACCCACGGCAUCCCCAGCGCCACUGCUGACUUCCCAGCAGGUCCUGCUGCCACCAGCAUCCCUUGUCCCUCUGGAGGCCACUGACAGCAUGCUGGAACUGCCACACCCUCUUCUGCAGCAGACCGAGGACCAGUUCCUGUCCCCAACCCUGACAGACAGCUCCCCUCUGAUCAGUUUCUCUCCGCCCUUGGACCAGGAUGACUACCUGUGGGGCCUGGAUGGGGGCGAAGGCAUCAGUGACCUCUUUGACUCCUAUGACUUUGGGGACCUGCUGAUUAAUUGAGUCACCCUGCCUGCCCCCAGCAGCUCUGCCACUGUCUCUACCUCCUCACAGACAGACUGACAGGCCCUCUGCCUGCACGGGGACAUUGGACACAAGAUGCUACCCUUGGGGUAUGGGGGUCUCCUCUCCUUCCUGCUCCCCCUUCCUGCCAGCCGAAGCUGUCAGGGGGGUUUGUGGAGGGUAUGGGUGAGGAUCAUAUCAGGGUUUGGGUCCUGUCUUUCGUAGUGGAAGCUGGGCCUGGGAAGGCCCAUUUAGCCUUCUGACCUCUAACAUGAAGGGCCACAGAUGAGAUGACCAGGUCCAGGGAAAGGCCCUGCCACUGCCUUUUGAGGGGUAAAUUGAACCCUCAAUUUAUUGAAGAGCACUUACUGCAUUGGUAUUUAUUUCAGGUUGAGUUUUGUUUGUAUGUUUUCCCUGAGUUUUAGCAGGGACAUUGUUCUAGAUCUAAUAAGACUUCUCAGACAGGCCCAGCACUGUCUGCUGUCCAAGGGCAGCCCUGGGCUUCCAGGGACCCAAGGCCAGCCCCCUGAUUUUCCCACCACGGUGGGGACAGGGUCUCUGAGGGGCCAUCCAGUCUGCUGGCCAGAUCACUGCACUUCGGCUCCUAGUUCUAGUAAGCGGUAGCUGAGGCCCCAGCCCUGGCUUCCUGGCCUCUGUUCUCCAGAUGGUUCCAGGGAGCCAUCCCAGCGCAGGUGAACUGAAACUCCUGAGGAAACAGAACCAACCAGUUCAGGAGCCUCCCUCCCUGUGGAAUUCCUUAUUUCCCUCCCUUAGAAUGUAAAAGAUGAUCCUUCAGGGAGACCCGGACGCCCCUGAGGAAGCAGGGACAGGAGAGUGGGGGCGGCUGCAGUGGCUGCCCCGGGCACCUCUCCGUUUUUGCCUCUUGCUGGGAUGGGCUGUUUCACACUGAGGACCUGGGAGGCGGAGGCGGAGGCCAGUGCACCGUGGAGAGGGUGAGAUUAAACAGGAAACUGCCAGCACUCACCCCCUUCUGUAGCCACCGGUAUCCUCCCCCUUUCUGGAAGGAUGUUUUUUUUGCUUUGUUUGUUGAAGGGGUGAUUCUUUAAGGACAUCCUCCCCCCAGCUCUCACAGACUCCCAGGGACAGAGGUGACCAGGGCUUGAUGGCACGUUGACUCCUUUUGUCACAAGAAUGCAGGAGAGGUGGCAGAGAGGGGUCUUCACUGCACAUCAGACCUGGGCAGCUAAUGGAGAGAUGGGCUCAUGUUACCUCUUCAGACCUGGGGUUCUGAGAAGGUCUUUUGGCCUCA